AUGAGUCUCUUUUGCGAUGAUGGUUGUUAUCCAGUGGCACAUCACUAUUCAACAAAACGACGAUCAAGUCGAGCAGAUGGAUCAUCAUUUGAAGUAGCUUCUACUGAAGCUAGAAGUGUUAAAGACAAAUACUCCUUGAAAGUUCCAACACCUUUUGGUACUGUGAAAUUCAAUGAAAGUCAUGCACGACAUGCAGCCAAAGGUUCACGUGCAAAAGCAAGCCGAUUUUCAGCCGCGUCAAAUAGUAUUUCUCAUGGAGCCUCCUUCUUCUAA